AUGUCAAAGAUAUUUGGAAUGCAAAAAAUUAGUGCCGAGCCCACAAGCGUGGCGGAGUUAACUUUGGCUGAAAGAUUAGUAGAUUUCCUAUCUAAAACGAUUUUAAGUAACUCUUUUGAUAGAGGAAAAAUACAGGAAAGUAUUGUCAAUGUUUUCGACAGCAACGAUACAAUGAUAUUCAAAUUUAGUGAUUACGGGUAUUGUAAGAAAACAUCCACCGAGAAAAAGCUCAUCUCAGAGUGCCAUGCUAUGAGUACCGGUACUGAUAUACCUAGUGUUAUGACUAAAGACAUAACAUAUUCAUUAAUCUAA